AUCACGGCGAGCCUGUCAAUCACGAGGCCCACGGGCGCUGAGGGGGCGGACCGAGCCCCAACCCUCCCGGAUCUGAGCAGGUAUAUAAGGGGCCGGGCAGGCUUCCCGGGCAAGCUGCGAAUGCGACCAGCUCGAGAGAACGCAUCAGGUGAGAGAAGCCCGCGCGGUCCCGCCGACUUUCCGCGGAGCCCUUCCGCAAGCUUGCCCUUCCCGCCCGAGCUGCCGGCCCGCCGGCCCCCGAGUGCCACUCCGACGGAGUCCCCCGGCCUUUUCACCGUGGCCGCUCCAGCCCCGGGAGCGCCUUCUCCUCCCGCCACGCUGGCGCACCUCCUUCCCGCCCCGGCGAUGUACAGCCUGCUGGAGACUGAACUCAAGAACCCCGUGGGACCGCCCGCCCCAGCCGCGGGCACCGGCGGCCCCCCAGCUCCGGGCGCUGCGGGCAAGAGUGGCGCGAACCCAGCCGGCGGCGCGAACGCAGGCAGCGGGAGCGGCGGGGGCGCGAACGGCGGCGGCGGCGGCGGGGGCAGCGACCAGGACCGCGUCAAGCGACCCAUGAACGCUUUCAUGGUGUGGUCCCGCGGGCAGCGGCGCAAGAUGGCCCUGGAGAACCCCAAGAUGCACAACUCCGAGAUCAGCAAGCGCCUGGGCGCCGACUGGAAACUGCUGACCGACGCGGAGAAGCGGCCGUUCAUCGACGAGGCCAAGCGGCUGCGUGCGGUGCACAUGAAGGAGUACCCGGACUACAAGUACCGGCCCCGCCGCAAGACCAAGACGCUGCUCAAGAAGGACAAGUACUCGCUGCCCGGCGGCCUCCUGCCCCCGGGCGCCGCCGCCGCCGCCGCCGCUGCCGCCGCCGCCGCCGCCGCCGCCAGCAGCCCGGUGGGCGUGGGCCAGCGCCUGGACACGUACACGCACGUGAACGGCUGGGCCAACGGCGCCUACUCGCUCGUGCAGGAGCAGCUGGGCUACGCGCAGCCCCCGAGCAUGAGCAGCCCGCCGCCGCCGCCCGCGCUGCCGCAGAUGCACCGCUACGACAUGGCCGGCCUGCAGUACAGCCCCAUGAUGCCGCCGGGCGCCCAGAGCUACAUGAACGCCGCGGCCGCCGCCGCCGCCGCCUCGGGCUACGGGGGCAUGGCGCCCUCCGCCGCGGCCGCCGCCGCCGCCUACGGCCAGCAGCCCGCCGCCGCCGCGGCCGCCGCCGCCGCCGCCGCCAUGAGCCUGGGCCCCAUGGGCUCCGUGGUGAAGUCGGAGCCCAGCUCGCCGCCGCCCGCCAUCGCUUCGCACUCGCAGCGCGCGUGCCUCGGCGACCUGCGCGACAUGAUCAGCAUGUACCUGCCACCCGGCGGGGACGCGGCCGACGCCGCCUCUCCGCUCCCGGGCGGCCGGCUGCACGGCGUGCACCAGCACUACCAGGGCGCGGGGACUGCGGUCAAUGGAACGGUGCCGCUGACCCACAUCUGAGCUCCCGGGCCGCGCUCCCAGCUCUUCGCCCCCACCCCGCCCCGCACCCCCACGUUGGGACGCCUUGCUGUUCUUAGCUUUGCUCACCUGGGACCGUUGCCUUGUACCGAAGAAGAGGGGGACCGAAAGUUUUGGGCCGUAGCUGUCGGGUUUUGUACAGAAGCGACAAGUCCCGAGCAGCGGAAAUGGGACUUGCUAGAGCCGCCAGCUUCUGACCGCGGCCCCUUCCUCCUCUUCCCGGGUUCCUAGGUUCUUCUGUCGCAUUUGAAAAUGUUGUCUUGUUAGUUUACUAUUAAUCGAGGACUGAGUGAGGUUGACCGCCCCCCCCCAAGAACUGCAAUGCCUCCACCCCCAGUCGUAUAGCUUCUGUUUUCCUCUGGCCUUUUUUGGGGGGUGGGGGGGAUGCUGGCCGCGCCAACUGGCGCGACAGCUAAAGCCAAUGUUAAUUUAUAGCCAGGUGUGCGUGUGUUUCCCGCCUCGCCGCCCCUGGCCGCGGGACAGCUUCUGUCCAGUGCGCGUCUAGGCUGUUGUUGAGUUUGUGAAUUCUGCAGUGAUCUAUUUGCUAUUUCGUGUACGCAUUUUGUUCGGGUGGUGGGGAAGGGGUUAUUUUGUUCCAGGUUUUUUCAAGGUUUUGCUCUUAAUGCUAAGUGAGAGAUCAAUAAAUUUUAUAACCAA